AUGAGAAUCACCGAGUAUUCUUCACAGGUGAGAGGAAUAUCAUUGCCUGAGGCCGAAUCCAGAGUCUCCAUGGAAGGUAUGCCGUCAAGAAUCUGCAGGCCAAGAUCCCGGCAUAGCAGUGUCGUGGAAGUCGACCAGGACCAAGGCCGCAAACAUAUGGAUCGUCCGUCUGAUAAGUGUAGUGAACGACGUGACGCCAGCAAGUCCAAGCUAUUCCUACCGGCAUUGACGUCGACUCGAGAGAAUACUGAUAACGGCGCUGUCUCUGACACCGGGGCCGCUUCGUCGUGGGUUGGCAGGAAGUGGGGGAUUAGGCAAGUUCUCGCCUCAUUUUCCAAUUGUUUAGAGGGUUCUUCUGGGUCUGUCGGCAAAAUGAAGAUGCUUCCUUCCGCUGAUGCUCUUUUGAAGUACGUACCUGGGCUCUGA